AUGACCGCAGAGGAUGACACGGCAGCCGGGCUCAGGCCUACUACAGCACAGCCAGAUGCAUCAGGUCACAGAGUCUGUCAGGUGCCAACAGCAACGAUAUUCGCCCCGCCAGCCACUCUGAGAACAAAGCCAGCCGGCGGCGCUUCUGCUCUUGGAGGCGGCGGGCGCUCCACUCAUUACGGGGGUGGCGAGAUAAGGCUAAGCAGACAAACAACAACCGCCAGCCCGCUGCCGUCGCCGGGCUCUGGUCUGCCCGGCGAGGGGUGGAAGCCGUUCGGCGCCGACUCAAAGAACCAGCAGAAACCGUCCGCCAGGGCAGGGGCCAUGAGCAGCGGCUAUGUGACUGUAGACAGGACAACAGCAACAGAGCAAAAUAGUGGUGAUGCCAUGGAGCUGCGGUCUGGCUGCGGCCGCGAGCAGGAGGAGGAGGAGGAGGAGGAUGCGACACGGCAGGGACUUGUCAGGCGCAGCCGGCCGCGGUUGGGCUCCCGCCAGCAUGGGGCGGCGCUGCAGCGAGUGGGAAAGAGAAAGGCCGAAAAGGGAGCCGCAACCGGUCGCGGUGGUCGAUGGCCCGCAGCCAUGUACACGGUAGCGGCGCACCAGGGCUACGGCCGGUCGGAGCGGCGGCAGCAGCAGCGGCAGCAGCAGCAGCAGCAGCAGCCGGCGGCGGCCCAGCAGGCGGGCUCCCCCACCGGCCAGGCGGGCGCCGGCGCCGCCAGCCCGGGCCAGGAGCAGCCGCAGGGCGCGCCGCGGCGCAGCAAGCGCCAGCGCCAGUCCCUCACCGCCCGCCUUCUCACCUACAUCAAGCAGCGCUUCAGCCCCGAGGAAGAAAUUGCUAGGAACCAGCUGGAGGUGGUGCAGUAA